AUGGCUGAUAGUACUGUUGAUGCUGUACCAGCCGGAAAUGGUCAAAAUGGAGGAACUCCCGAAGAUGGUGGUGGAACAUGGGGUAUAGUAAAAUCAAUGGUUAAAAGAAUGAUUAUAUUUUAUUUUAUAUCGAGCUUAAUGAAAAAUUUUUUUGGUGGAAAUCAAAAUACGAGUGUAACUUCAUCAACAUCAUCGAAUUAUGGAGCAAAUGUUGUUGGAACAAAUGUAUUCCAAAUAUACCAACCAUUAGAUUUUUAUAUGUAUUUAAGUGAUUCUGAUUCUGUUUUUACAGAUUUUGACAAUGAAAAUGCUUUAUUUUGGAAACAUAAAAGUUUUAGAUAUGGUGAUUGGAAUGAAUUUGAUCCAGAUGGUUAUUUAACACAUUCUAAAACUUUUAAAACACCUGAAUAUUUACAAAAAAAUGCUUCUAUGUAUAUACAUGUUUUUGUAACAAAAUCAUCAGGUUCACCAAAUCCAAAAAGUAGACUAUAUCAAAAACAUGAAACUAUUUAUGGUAUACAUAAAUUAAAUAAAUAUAAGAAAAAACAUUAUAAGCGUACUGUUAAUUUAUUAACGGGAAAAUCUGAUAUACCAGAGGAAGAAUUAUUAAAAGCUGAUAAAAUGAAAUAUGAAGUAUUAAAUUUUUGGCAUCCAAAUUUAACAGUAAAUUUAGUAUAUGAUUUUACUCAAUUAACAGCUAAUUCAUUACCAGCUCCUUUUGAUAAAUAUAUUAAAUUUGAUGAAAAAACUAGGACAUAUAAACCAAUAUUAUAUUUUAACAAUUACUGGAAUUUGAAUUCAGAAUAUUUACCUAUUAAUGAGACAGUAGAAGAAAUAACAUUAUCAUUGUCAUUUCAACCACUGUCAUUUUUUAAAUUUCAAAUGUAUGCUUCACAAAGUGAGAAAUCUCAAUGGCAAUCUUUACUUAGUGGUGAUGGAGUAGGUGAUGGUGAUGAUGAUGGUCAAGAUUCAAUAAAAACAGCACUUCUUGAAACAAAUGUAUAUCUUUUAGGAAUAACAGUUGUUGUUUCUAUUCUUCAUACAAUUUUUGAAAUGUUAGCUUUUAAAAAUGAUAUUCAAUUUUGGAAAGAUAAAAAAAGUGUUGAGGGACUUAGUGUAAGAACAGUUUUAAUGAAUACCGUUCAACAAUUUAUUAUGCUUCUUUAUAUUAUUGAUAAUGAUACAAAUUUUAUGAUAAGGAUAUCUGGUUUUGUUGGUCUUGGUAUUGAAUUAUGGAAAAUACCAAAAUGUAUGAAUGUAUCAAUAGAUUAUGAUAAUAAAAUAUUUGGAAUAAUUCCAAAAAUUAAAUUAGAAGAUAAAGGUACAUAUAUUGAAUCAUCAACUGCUGAGUAUGAUGCAUUAGCAUUUAAAUAUCUUUCAUGGGUUUGUUUCCCAUUAUUAGGUGGUUAUGCAGUUUAUAGUUUAAUUUAUCAAGAACAAAAAGGAUGGUAUAGUUGGGUAUUAAAUAUGUUAUAUGGAUAUUUAUUAACAUUUGGUUUCAUAAUGAUGACUCCUCAAUUAUUCAUUAAUUAUAAAUUAAAAUCUGUUUCACAUUUACCAUGGAGAAUGUUAACCUACAAAUUUAUCAAUACAUUUAUUGAUGAUCUUUUUGCAUUUGUGAUAAAAUUACCUAUAUUAUAUAGAAUUGGUUGUUUCCGUGAUGACAUAAUAUUUUUGAUUUAUUUGUAUCAACGAUGGAUUUAUCGUGUUGAUCCUAAACGUGUUAAUGAAUAUGGAGUUUCUGGUGAACAAUUAGAAAAAAUGGAAGAUAAAGAUGAAACAAAAGCAAUAGAAGAAACAAAGAAAGAUAGGUAG